CCGCCUCCGUCUCCACAGCAGCAACAUGGAACCGCGGGUCAUCGGGGCCCUCGCGUUCUUGACGAUAGCCGGAGCAGCGGCCCCGCGGACCUACGAUCAACGCCAGGAGGGCCGCGUCAACGUCCAGAUCGACAUCAAGGACGUGCAGAUACUCGCCCUCGUCGACUCGGAUACGAUCGACGAUUACGUGAACUACGACUAUCCCUACGACUACGCGGAUUUCACGAUAAAGCCGAGGCCAACGACGGGGAAGCCGGCGGCCAAUGAGACCAGCAACGGCACGAGCACAACGACCGAGGAAGAAACGUGGUCCGUGUGGCCGACUCGACCCACCGCUUCAACGACGACGCCCGAAGCCUCGAUGACGUCGGUCACGAGUUCCAGUGGCCCUCUCGACGACGAAUCGCCGCCUGCGACGAUACUCGUCUCCAUCGAGGCCGAGAGUCAGCAGUCGCCGACGACGACGACGAUGAGCUCCGAGCUGCACGAGGAGACGAGGCCGAAGAGGCCGCUGGAGGAUGCUGCCGAGCCCAGGAAACGAUGCCCCGCUGGAUUUCUUCUCAAGUCCGGCAGAUGCUUCAAGCGCCGCUUAUCCAUUAUUUCGCCGAGGCUCGCAAUGAUGAAAUUGGCACCGACAUUAUUGCGCAACUCGAAUGCAUCGAAAAGUAAUUUAACCACCGAAGGUUCAUAAAUUCUACCUUUCCAAGA